ACAACACAUGCAUCACAUUUUCCGAUCUAACUACAAAUUAUACACAUCAUCAUCACAUGCAAACAAGCUUUGACUCCAUAGCUACUUUUUAUUAAGCAAUUACAAAUCCAAAAUAAUAUAAUUAAAUACACCAUAUAUUUUGUUGCUACAUUAUUGAUGAGGGUAGGUAGCUACAAGUGAUUCAUUCAAUAAUUUCACAUCACAUUGGCAUGACAAUCAUGAAUCGGAGGUGCUCCGGGUGCAGCAAAAAUGGUCACAACUCCAGAACAUGCCCUUACUACUCCUCUGCGUCUCGCACCACCGUUACUACAGUGAAGCUCUUUGGGGUCCCCCUGUCCAUGACCCACGGAUCAGGAUCAUGCUCCGCCGCAUCACCUAAUCAUAACUCUCCUUUCUCACACUACUCCUCUGACGGUUACGUGUUGGAUAAUGACCCAUCAACCCCUGCCGCCACCAUCAACUGCCACCAUCCUCCUCCUUCCAUAAACAAAGGGAUUCCAUGGAGCCAAGAAGAACAUCGAUUGUUCUUAAUUGGGUUGGAGAAAUUAGGAAAAGGAGACUGGCGUGGAAUAUCGCGAAAUUUCGUUGUAUCAAGAACUCCAACUCAAGUAGCAAGUCAUGCUCAGAAGUACUUCAUCCGGCUCCGGCAGAGCAACGCCACACCGCGAAAACGACGAUCAAGCCUUUUCGACAUGUUCCCAAAUAUGGCUUCAAAUUCGGCUUCACUAAAAGAAGAACAAGUAUUACUUCAACCUUCUAAGAACUCACAACUUAGCAAUGUGGAAGAAGAGCUCAAUGAAACUAUAAUGGGAUCGAAUGAGGCGACACCAGCGUCGCCGCUUCCCGGAUUCUUCCGGCCGCCUUAUCCGGCUCUCCCAUUUUCCUCAUGGCCAUCAAGUGCAUGUUCCUUUGGAGAAGCUACCCUAAUCUUAGAUGGAAGGCCAUUGCAUUAGGUGUUGCCAUAGGGGAUUAAGAAAUUACAAAAAAAAAAUCAGAAUUAAUUGUGAAAAUGUUAUUUAAAUCCUAAACUUUAAAAUAUAUAAGCAUUCGUCUGAACCUACAAGAAUGUCUUAGUGUCUUCCAUAUCAACACGGCAAGACUACUUUAGUUAGAAAUUCUUGUUUGAAACAAUAGCAUUAUCAGUGUAAGUCAAGAUGUUUGACUUUUUUUUUUUCUUUUCUAAAUUUAGUGAUGAUGAAUGCUGAAUUUAGUAUGUUUUUCAGUAAUCUUUUAAAUAUGAAGGGUCAUAUGUAAUUUCUGUCCAA